AUGGCUUUAGUCGCCGCAUCGGUAGCAGGCGCGGCAACGGGUGCCGCAUAUCUUAAUGCGAAGUUCCACAUCACGAAAGAUCUCUCGACCCUGUCGGCGCUGCGGCAGGGAGAUCGGAACUAUGCGACGGCCGCGGCGAAAGGGAAGGGCAAUGUCUGGUUCCUGUUUGAGGAUGUGGCAAGACGGCAUCCGGACAUGACCUGUAUCUGGACGCGAGAGGCGCUGUAUACUUGUCGCGGGGUCGUGACGCUGGCGGCGAGGUAUGCGCAGUUUUUCCGGAGUAAGGGUGUGCAGAAGGGCGAGGUCGUGGCGUUCUAUCUGCAGAACUCGGCGGAUUUCUUGAUCGCUUGGUUGGCGCUGCUGAGCAUCGGGUGUGCGCCCGCGACGGUCAACUAUAACCUCACUGGCGAUGCGCUGGUGCAUUGUUUGAAGAUUAGCGGCGCCAGACUGUUCCUGGUGGAUGAGGAUGAGGGCUGCCAGGCACGGGUCGAGGAGUGCAAGACGAAGAUUGACGAGCUGGGAAUGGAGCGGGUGACGGUCGAUGCGACGUUGGCGCAGACUCUCUCUUCGUUCCCAGCCACCGUCCCCGAGAAGGGAAAGCUGGCUCGCAACAUGGCUGGUGAGUAUCCGGCGAUCCUGCUGUAUACAUCUGGUACUACUGGCAUGCCCAAGGCCUGCGCAUUCACUAUGGCGCGACUCUAUUCCGGCCUGACGUACCGACGCGGGUCUAUCAACGACCGUACCGGGCCUGGAGGGGAUCGCUGGUAUAGUUGCAUGCCGCUGUACCACGGAACAUCGGCCAUUGCGAUGAUGGUGAGUCUGGUGACGGGCGUGAGCGUGGCGCUGGGCAAGCGAUUCAGCGUGCGACACUUCUGGCAGGACAUUCAUGACUCCGAGUCGACGGUGUUUGUCUACGUCGGUGAAGUGGCGCGCUAUCUACUGGCAGCGCCGCCGUCGCCUCUGGAUCGCGACCAUCGCGUGCGCUGCAUGUACGGCAACGGCCUGCGUCCGGACAUCUGGGAGAAGUUCAGACAGCGCUUCGGCGUGGCCGAGGUGGGCGAGUUCUUCAACAGCACCGAGGGCGUCUUCGGCCUGUUCAAUCACAAUCGAGGGCCGUUCUCGGCUGGCAGCGUCGGCCACCACGGACUUCUUUUGAGACUGCUUCUACGCAAUGUCUACGUGCCGGUGGCCAUCGACCCCUAUACGGGAGAUGUGCUGCGCGACGAGAAGACCGGGUUUGCGGAGCGUCCGUCGCAUGAGACCGGGGGUGAGAUUCUGGUGAAUAUCCCCAACGAGGAGGCCUUCCAGGGAUACUGGAAGAACCAAGACGCUACGAAGAAGAAGUAUUUGCGAGAUGUCUUCCGCAAGGGAGAUCUGUAUUAUCGAUCGGGAGAUGCGCUGCGACGACAGUCCGACGGGCGAUGGUAUUUCCUCGACCGACUGGGCGAUACGUUUCGCUGGAAGAGCGAGAAUGUCGCCACCGCCGAAGUCGCCGAAGUCCUGGGCCAUUAUCCUGGCAUCCAAGAAGCCAACGUGUACGGCGUGUUGGUGCCUCAUCACGAAGGACGCGCCGGCUGCGCAGCACUUCAGAUCAGUCCCGAGGCGAAAUCGAAAUUUGACUAUCGCGAUCUUGCGAGCUAUGCCCGCGCGAGACUCCCUAAGUACGCAGUGCCCGUCUUCCUGCGCAUCGUGGAGAAUCCGUCGCAUAUCCACAACCACAAGCAGAACAAGGUGCCACUGCGCGAAGAGGGCGUUGAUCCGGAGAAGACAGGUCAGAAAGCGCCCGAGGGAGCAGAGGACCAGUUCUACUGGCUGCCUCCGGGCGAGGCGGAGUAUAGGGAAUUUAGGAAGGGCGAUUGGGGAGGAUUGGUGGAUGGGAAGGCGCGGUUGUAG